AUGUGUGUCAAUCAGUACCAUUUUGUGGAGCUGAUGAAGCCCCACAAGUGCUUGGAAUGUGGGAAGGGCUUCAGCUACAAAUCCCCGCUGAGGGAACACCAGAGGAUCCACACAGGGGAGAGGCCCUAUGAGUGUGGGGAAUGUGGGAAGGGCUUCUCCAGCAUCUCCCACCUGAUCCAGCACCAGGUGGUCCACACAGGGGAACGGCCCUAUGAGUGCUUGGAUUGUUGGAAGAGCUUCGGCCGGAUCUCCGAACUGAGGGUACACCAGCGCACCCACACUGGGGAGAGGCCCUACGAGUGUUCUGAGUGUGGGAAGAGGUUUCCAAGCAGCUCCGAUCUCCUCAGACAUCAGCGCAUUCACACGGAUGAGAGGCCCUUCCGCUGCUCCGACUGCGGGAAGGGCUUCAAAUACAACUCCACCCUCGUCACCCACCGGCGCAUCCACACUGGGGAGAGGCCCUACGAGUGUCCUGAGUGUGGGAAGAGCUUCUCACAGAGCUCUUCGCUGCACUGUGAUCUGAGAAACGCUUGUUAG